UUCGCCAUAACUUCUGAUGAGAAGACACUGUCACCCAAGUAGCUGCCCUUCACCCUUCAUAGAUCAUACAUAUAUUUUUCUUUCUCUUUGAUUUUAAAAAUUUUAAGUAUGAUACAUUUAAGCAUGAAUUUCUCUGCAUCUAUCCUGUCUGCAGCUUGCUUAGCUUCUUUAUGGUAUGUGUGGUAUGGUGUGUGUGAGGUGUGGUAUGGUGUGUGUGUGUAUGAUGUGUGUGUAGUGUGUGUGAGGUGUGGUGUAUGUGUGUGUGUGUAUGAUGUGUGUGUAUGUGUGGUGUGUGUGGUGUGUAUGUGGUGUGUGUGUAGUGUGGUGUGGUGUGUGUAUAGUGGUGUGUGUGUGCAGUAUGGUGUAUGUGUGUAGUGUGGUGUGUGUGGUUGUGUGUGUGUAGUGGUGUGUGUGUGGUGUAGUAUGUGUGGUAUGGUGUGUGUGUGUAUGGUGUGUAUGUGGUAUGUGUGUCAUGUGGUGUGGUAUGGUGAGUGUGUGGAGUGUGUGUGGUGUGGUGUGAUAUGGUGUGGUGUGGUGUGGUGUAUGGGAGUGUCCACUGUGUUCAUGUGGGACCCAGUUAUCUUUCCACCGCGUGGAUUCCACUCAUCAAGCUCUGGUCCUCAGACACCUUUGCCCUUGAGGCCCCCCGCCUCUCCUGGUGUGUCUUAACUAAAUUUGGGGAUUUUCAGCCAUUGUUACUAGACUUAGUCUUUGACCUGUCUCGCUUCCUUCUCUCUCUCUCCUUCUUUCUCUGGUUAGGAUACAGUGCAGUUUUCGGCUCUGUUUGUGCCCCAGGCCCGAGACCCUCUGUGUAACUAUGUACACUCACUGUAACACCUCGCCGUUGCCUGGUAGGGGGGGUUCUAGGUCCUUCUCUGCAGUGAUUUAUUCUCUCACUUUUUUGUUUGUUUGGUUUUGGGGAUUUUUUUUUUCCAAGACAGAGUUUCUCUGUGCAGCCCUGGCUGUCCUAGAACUCGCUCUGUAGCCCAGGCUGGCCUCGAACUCAGAGAUCCACCUGCCUCUGCCUUCCUAGUGCUGGGAUUAAAGGUGUGCGCCACCACCCGGCUAGUCUCUCACUUUUGUCAAGGCCACUCAGGAAGCUUUUGCUUUGUUGUAUUUUUUCAGGUCUGUAAUUCCCACUUGGUUUUUCUGUAUCACUUCUAUUUCUUACUGAGAUUUUUCUGCUUUGAGAAAUUUAAAGGAAUCUUUAAAUUGAUUGAUUUUUAAUUUUGUGAUUGUUGCUUUCAAAUCCUUCCAGAUAAUUCUAGUGUUUAAUAUUUUCCUGCAUGUUGGUGCCUGUUGAUUCUUUUGGCAUUCAAGUUAUGAUAUUCUUAAUCCUUGGUCUGAUUCUCUCUCUCUCUCUCUCUCUCUCUCUCUCUCUCUCUCUCUCUCUCUCUCUCUCUCUCUCUCUCUCUCAGAUCUUUCAUUGCAAUAAGCAAACAGAUUGUUCAAGUUUAGUGCCCCUUGUCUUUCUUGAAUUACCUCUUCCUCUUCCCAGUUCAGGAACAAGUAUUCUCCUCGGAAGCUCCCCUAGUCUAGCCCUGGUCUGCUUUUGUGAAUUCAGGUUCAGAGCAGAGUGUAAUCGUGAGAGGCCGUGAAGAUCUUUAAAUCUCGCUCCUGCCAGUGCUACCUGGGGACAGGGGAUCCCCUAGGCCAGUCUUGUGUCUCUGAACGGGAGAAUGAGUUUCAGGCUCAGGACACCUCCCUUGGAUGCUUGCUGGCAGUGGGGCUCCUGCUUUGUCUCCCUGUGGCGGUCCCUGUGUGGACUCGUGGAGGCUUGUGGGUGCAGUCUGUGGCCGGAAUGAGCCUUCCUGCGCUGCCUUGCUGCUCUGUAGGGCCAGGAACCAUCAUCCUUGGCUCCCUCCAUGAUGCCCACCUCAGCAGAUGUAGGCUCCGUAGGGAUGGUGUUCACAACUGACUCAACCACCCACAAACUGUGUAAACUACACAACAGGCUCUGGAUGGCCGAUGAACCACGCUUCAAUGUUUUCCUGGGAAGCCUGGCAGGGAGUCAGCACCGUAGAAUCCGUCAAAAACCAAAAUAUGGCAUUAAGUCAUCUGGUGGCUAUAAAUUAAUUUUUCAGUCAGUGUCUUCUAUUCAGGACUUUGGAAAGUGAGACUGUGAUCACAUUUUUAUUCACUUGGGGAGGGUUCUUCAAGUUGUCAGAGAUGGGUAUGUCUGCUCUGGCUCAGCCGUGUGGCAGCUGUGCAACCCAGCAAAUAACUGCAACGUUGUCUAGAAAUGCCCCACUGUCCGGGGCUGGGAUGGAAACCCUCCCGGCCUGCCCUAAGACAGCCCUUGAAGUUGCAGAAAGGUGGGCAGCCCACCUCUGGAGCCUGACCAAGUAUGUGCCCCAUAGGACUGAGUGACUGUCAGCUGUGCUGCUCAUGAGGGACAGGCAGUGAUGGUUCUGGAAUCAUAAAAGGGGAGGUGACUCAGUCCCCCCCCCCCCGUCUUUUCUCCUAUCCCCCCACAAGCUCAAGGUUAAAAACAAGUGACUCAGAGGCAUGGUGGGGGAGUGCUCCAUUACACCUCCUACCAGUGUCCCAGGGCUAAAUUUAACCCACAGCUGCAGCCUUUGGAGCUCGGGGAAUGCGUUAAUUUAGAGACUAAAGCCCAUGUGUGUGGGUUGGGAGGUGGACGGGAGUCCAGAGCAAGGUGGGCAUUGAGAUUGGCUAUGCCUAGUCUCAACCCAACUCCUCAAAUCACAAACAGGCUUGCAAGGGCCCAAGGCCAGGCAGGAACACCAUAAGCCUAAAGUGGACGAAGGACAAUGGGCACAGACAGACAGGCAAAGUCCCUGAGCACUAUACAGACUGUGGGAAAUGCCACUAUUUAGACUCUACAAUUCUGAAUUGUAUUCAUUCCCUCGAAUAUUAAGAAUUUGAAGGUCUAAACACCCAGAAUAGUAGCAUCCUAGGAAACUAGUUUUCCAGCAGGCCUGACACCUCUGAGUGCUCCUUGGCACAUGCUGCCCCAGGGUCUCUGGCCCUCAGCAGAGCUGAGCUGAGGCCCUUGGAUUCUAGCGCGUCUCCCUCAUUGAAUGGGAGGGGAAACUGAGGCUCAAUGGAGAAACACCUACCCUUAUUGACUUACGGGGUUUCUUUAAGGAAAGGGAAAGUCUCUGAACUGAGGCAGAGAGGAAACCCCUUCGCAUUUUGAAAGUGGGCGCCAAGGUUUCUAAACAGUGAUUGCCAAGGACACGUUCACCGAGCAGGAAACUCAAAGGUACUGUAACCAGGAGUAGUCACGUGAGAUACGCUCUGUGAGGACGGCUGUGAGCACACAAGCCUGGGAGGCAGGGAGGAAGGAAGAGUCCUGGAAGAGGGGCGCCCUGCUCUGUGGACUUCAGCCCGGGGCCAGAGUUCCCUUCAUGCAUAGUCUAUACUAAGGAAUCCAGAGGCAAGGCUUCCCUGGGUUCUGGUGGCAAAUAGGACCGAGAGACUUCCAGUUCUGGAAGGGCCCAGACCCCACCCUCACCCCAUGAGCCCCAGCGCUGAGUCAAGGCUGCUCAGGGAGAGGGCCUCUGCCCAGCUGUCCCCUGUGCGUCAUGUGCAGGAGGCCAAGUGGCUCCUCUUACAGGGUCCGGGCAUCCUCUAUAUAUAGCCCAGCACAGACAGCUGCGCAGUCAGUGCCUGACCCCAUAGGACAACAGAGGUGUGCAGAGCGGGCCCUGACACACAGGUUUGCUGCGUUCUAGGGAGCCGCACUAUGACGCUGGGCUUGGAGCAGGCUGAGGAGCAGCGGCUGUACCAGCAGACGCUCCUUCAGGACGGCCUCAAGGACAUGCUGGACCACGGCAAGUUCCUGGACUGCGUGGUGCGCGUGGGCGAGCGCGAGUUCCCGUGCCACCGCCUGGUACUGGCCGCCUGCAGCCCCUACUUUCGCGCGCGCUUUCUGGCAGAGCCCGAUGGCGCGCGAGAGCUGCGCCUGGAGGAGGUGUCGCCCGACGUGGUGUCCCAGGUGCUGCACUACCUGUACACAUCGGAGAUCGCGCUGGACGAGGCAAGCGUGCAGGACCUCUUCGCCGCGGCGCACCGAUUCCAGAUCCCGUCCAUCUUCACCAUCUGCGUGUCGUUCCUUCAGAAGCGCCUGUGCUUGGCCAAUUGCCUGGCAGUCUUCCGCCUCGGCCUCCUACUAGACUGCGCGCGCCUGGCGGUGGCAGCGCGCGACUUCAUCUGCUCGCGCUUCCCGCUGGUGGCGCGCGACAGCGACUUCCUGGGGCUCUCCGCUGACGAACUGAUCGCCAUCAUCUCCAGCGACGGCCUCAAUGUGGAAAAGGAGGAGGCAGUGUUCGAGGCGGUGAUGCGCUGGGCCGGCAGCGGCGAUGCCGAGGCCCAGGGGGAGCGUCAGCGCGCACUGCCUACCGUCUUUGAGAGCAUUCGCUGCCGCCUGCUGCCUCGCGCCUUCCUGGAGAGCCGCGUGGAGCGCCAUCCACUUGUGCGCGCCCAGCCCGAGCUGUUGCGCAAGGUGCAGAUGGUGAAGGAUGCACACGAGGGCCGCCUCACUACACUACGCAAGAAGAAGAAGGAGAAGGGCGAGAAAACCGUCCAGGCCAAGGAGGCCAACCAGGGCGCAGCAGACACCAAGGCUGAGGACGAUGAGGAACGCGUACUGCCUGGGAUCCUCAACGAUACCCUACGCUUCGGCAUGUUCCUGCAAGACCUCAUCUUCAUGAUCAGCGAGGAGGGUGCAGUGGCCUACGACCCAGCUGCCAACGAAUGCUACUGUGCAUCUCUGUCCACCCAGAUCCCCAAGAACCACGUCAGCCUGGUGACCAAGGAGAACCAGGUCUUCGUGGCCGGUGGCCUCUUCUACAAUGAGGACAACAAGGAGGACCCUAUGAGUGCUUACUUUCUGCAGUUUGACCAUUUGGACUCUGAGUGGCUGGGGAUGCCGCCACUCCCCUCACCACGCUGCCUCUUCGGCCUGGGGGAGGCUCUCAACGCCAUCUACGUGGUCGGUGGCCGGGAGCUCAAGGACAGUGAGGACAGCCUGGACUCAGUCCUGUGCUAUGACAGGCUGUCAUUCAAGUGGGGUGAAUCGGACUCACUGCCCUAUGCAGUAUAUGGUCACGCGGUGCUUUCCCACAUGGACCUGGUCUACGUCAUUGGCGGCAAAGGCAAGGACAGGAAAUGUUUAAGCACGAUGUGUGUCUAUGACCCCAAGAAGUUUGAGUGGAAGGAGCUGGCGCCCAUGCAGACAGCCCGCUCACUCUUCGGGGCCACGGUCCAUGAUGGCCGCAUCUUUGUGGCUGCAGGGGUGACAGACACAGGGCUUACCCAGCUCCACGGAGGUGUACAGCAUUGCAGGACAACAAGUAGGUGGUCCUCUUUUGAGGCCUUCCCACAGGAGCGCAGCUCGCUCAGCCUGGUCAGCCUAGCUGGCACUCUCUAUGCCCUGGGUGGCUUUGCCACUCUGGAGACUGAGUCUGGAGAGCUGGUCCCCACGGAACUCAAUGACAUAUGGAGAUUCAAUGAGGACGAGAAGAAGUGGGAGGUCCUGCGGGAGAUCGCCUAUGCGGCCGGUGCCACUUUCCUCCCUGUACGCCUCAAUGUGCUUCGCCUGACCAAGAUGUGACCGGUGCAAGGCCCUAACUGAGCCUCCUUCCUGUCCUGUGGCCUCACAACAAAUGCCUUGUGGGAUCCAGAGAGGAGCUGGGAGAGGCCAGUAUGAGCCAGAGAGGCUACUUCAGUCAGGAAAGUGACGGAAGGGAUUUCUCCAUGUCUCCUCAAGGACUGAAAAGCUAGGCAGGCACCCCAGGCUGUGUUCUGGCUCUGCCCAUGUUGGCUGUGUGUGCCCAUUACAUCUCCUAAGGGACUCAGUGUCUGUGCCCAUCAUAUGGGAGUGUCUGUUGUUGGCACCUUCUGGUGUUAACCCAGACCUCCCUUAGGAAGUUCAGGGGCAAUAAACUGCCUUCUGAGCAUCUAACCCAGGGUCUAGAAUUAGCCACCACAAAGAGCCAGUGUCUAGAGGGCUGAAGAUUAAGAGCUUGACUAUACCAGGGUUGGGCUGUCAACGUGAGUGGUCCUGCCCUCACAGGACACCCCAUCAUGUCCUG